AUGCGCCACUUCGGACACUACGCCAACUACGAGCAGACUCAGCACCACCUGCACGAGGAACGCCUAAGGGGCGCCGCUCUGGUCAGUCGACUGGAGGAAAAGUUCUGGGACGAGGCCAGGUGUGGGGCGGUAGCACCCGGACAUACGUUUGUCCGCCCGCCGAGGGUCUGCUUUGUCCAAGCGCCACCGAGGCGGCAGCACCAGGUGGGCCACUCGCAGCGCGGCCGGCGCGCCAAGCCGAGCGCCGCCGAAUGGCCAAUCAGCAACUACUACGAGUACGAGUCGGUGCGGGUGGUCCCGCAUGGCGGCGGCGGCAGCGGCGUGGUCGACCCGACGACGAACCACUCGCUGCCGCGCCACCACGAGAGAACGCGCUCCGGGCCGGCCACCGGCAACAGAGCGGCCGGCGCCGGCCGAGCACCAGGCCCGGCCACCGCAUGCGACGCUGCGGCCGCGGCCGGCGCGCUGUCGGCACCACUCAGCCCGCCCUGGCAGAGACUGGCACCGGCGGCUGUCCACCACGGCCGGCCGGGCCCCGAGCGUCUGCGGCCGACAGCCGGCCACGCCGCCAGCAAAGGCAGCCGGGUGGACGACGUGAUGCUGGACUGCUGGAGUCUGGAGCCGGCCGAGCGGCCCUCGUUGGGCCGCCUGAUGCAGCGGCUGGACAUGGUGCUGGCGGCGCUGGCGUCCAUGGAGUACGUGGCCAUGGCCUCGCCCCAGCCGCACGUCAAGUACGCGAACGCGGUGGUGCCGCGUGCGUCGCCCUCCGCGUCGGCCUUGCCCUCGCCGCCGGGCAGCUCAGGCUGAGGGCGUCGACCGUGGGAUCAGCGAGUCUGCAGGGACCUGGACUCGUGCCCUAUGACGUCAGCGGACUUCCGUGAAGUCCGUGUCAAAGAAGUGCUCAGAUUUGUUUUUAACAGUGUUCCUCACCGGACUUCCAGUGUUUCUCGCCGGGCUUUUAGUUGAUCCUGAUCCGGGCUUUUAGUUGACAGUGCGGCGCCUCGCUAGGACAGUGCGGCGCCUCGUUAGGACAGUGCGGCGCCUCGCUAGGACA